AUGACCAGAUCACGCCGAUCAGCAGUCCCAGUCGUAGCAUCUACACUGAGGAAUACACUGGUACAAAUUGGGACGGGAUAUAGUUCCAGCCAAAUCCAUCAGCCGGUGACUUCAAAGCAGAUAUCGCUACCACCACUGGCCUCACCACUUCCUCCAAUUUCAACUACUUUCAGGCAAGGCCGCAAGACAGCCGGUGCCCAACACGCCAGAAGUCCUGGCAGUUCAGUAACUAGACCAGGCCAUACUGCCGCCAACAUCACCGCUCUCAGUACCACCCCUCCAAAUGAAUCAGAACCUCCCCUCCCGCCGUCACUACCCUCAAACCACUUCAUGGGAACUGCGGAAUUUUGUGCCCUAAUCUCGAAAGACGUCGCAAGAAGCGAAGGAGAUCGCGGAGAAGGAAACAAGGACUUCAAACUGGUAUGGUACAAGGCACAGUGCGGGGAUAACCUGCGCGAUCGCUGCUUUGUGCUCUGGGAGGAGAAGUGCCUUGGCAGGCUGGACCUGGAUUUGGGUGUUGGUUCCGGUGUGGAUGAGGUGACAUGUCUCUUUUGUCGUGAGUGGUGGGUGGCAAGGAAUGGAGACGAAUUAAGAUGUAAUGGAUACAGAACGGAUGCAGUGUAA